AUGGGGAGAGACUGGCAGGGCCAGAGGGAAGGAGAUCCCCUCAUUCACCACAACUUUGAGCUGCACGAAAAGGAAGCAGAGAGCGUGAACUCGGAGGAGUGCUGCCUACUGGUGAAGACUGCUAAGCUGGACCCCUCCCAGAACUACGUCGCUGGCUUCCACGCUCAUGGGAUCCUCACCACUGGAGCUUGUACCAACCUGUGCACAGAGGGUACGGGCUUCUCCUCGGUUUUCCCAGGCAUCCGCUCACAUCUGAUGAUGAUGCACUGGUGUUUCUGGGCCCCUGUCUACAGGGAUUACAUCAUGUCGGGGGGGCUGGUCUCAUCAGACAAGGAGAGUGCUACUCACAUUCUGAGCAGGAAAGGAGGCGGCAACCUGAUGUCCAUCAUUGUUGGGGGCGUCCAGGAGUCACUGAACGCCAGGCCUGGAGCCUACAAGCUGGUGCUGCGGAACCGCAAGGGCUUCAUCAGGCUCGCCCUGACACACGGGGCAGAUCUGGUGCCAAUCUUCUCCUUUGGGGAGAAUGACAUAUAUGACCAGGUUGAGAACUCUCCUGAUUCCUGGUUGCAGUGGUUUCAGGACCAAUUUCUCAAGAGCACUAGAGGUUCCAUCCCUCUCUUCUAUGGCCGUGGAGUCUUCCAGUACAGCUUUGCUAUGCCCUACAGCCGACCCAUCACUGCUGUGGUGGGGAAGCCCAUUGAGGUGCAGAAGACACCACAUCCCUCCCAGAAGGAGGUGGACAGGCUUCACCAGCGCUACAUGAAGGAGCUGGAAAAUCUCUUCGAAGCCCACAAGCUCAAGUACAAAGUGCCCAGAGGCCAACACUUGGAGAUCUGCUGA